GACUGCCCGGUGAGCUGCGGGGUCCUGACACUUUGUUGAGGCGAAUGGCUGGUGGACGGUUUGCUUGGUACACCAGCCACCAUUACAUCCGAAUUACAUUUAAUACAAAACACUCUUAUUUUAUAUUUUUAGUUCUAGGAGUUCGGGUUCUCAACGAAACCGGUUUGUUUUGUUCGGGGCUGGAGCCAAAGUGAGGUGGGCUCCCCGGCUGCUCUCCAGAUUCUUCCUCCGCUUAAAACAUGGAGUUGGCGUACGUGUGUGAGUGGGAGAAGCGUCCAAAGAGCACUCACUGUCCUUCCAUCCCGCUGGUCUGCUCCUGGUCCUGCAGGAACCUGGUGGCCUUCACCACCGACCUGAAGAGUGAUGACGAAGACGACAAAGAUGUCAGUCACAUGAUCCACAUCAUCGACACAGAGCACCCCUGGGACGUUUACUCCAUCAGCUCUGGACACACUGAGGUCAUUUCCUGUCUGGAGUGGGAUCAAUCGGGUUCAAGACUUCUGUCUGCGGACGGCAACGGACAAAUUAAGUGUUGGUCGAUGGCGGAUCACCUGGUGAACAGCUGGGAGAGCCUCCUCUCCAGCUCCCUGGACGGAGAUCCCAUCGUGGCUCUGAGCUGGCUGCACAACGGAGUGAAGCUGGCUCUGCACGUCGAGAUGUCGGGUUCCACAAACUUCGGCGAGAAGUUCUCCCGGGUGAAGUUCUCGCCGUCUCUGACCCUGUUUGGGGGGAAGCCGAUGGAGGGCUGGUUGGCGGUGACCGUGAGCGGCCUGGUCACCGUGUCGUUGUUGAAGCCCGGCGGCGCCCUGCUGACGGCCAGCGAGAGCCUCUGCCGGCUGAGGGGCCGCGUGGCGUUGGCCGACAUCGCCUUCACCGGAGGGGGGAACAUCGUGGUGGCGGCGACCGACGGCAGCAGCUCUUCCCCGGUCCAGUUCUACAAGGUGGUGGUGAGCGUCGUGAGCGAGAAGUGUCGCAUCGACACGGAACUGUUGCCGUCUCUGUUCCUGCGCUGCACCACCGACCCGCUGAGGAGGGAAAAGUACCCGGCUGUCACCCACCUGAAGUUCCUCACCAGAGAGAACUCUGAACAGGUCCUGCUGUGUGCGUCCAAUCAGAGCGGCAGCAUCGUGGAGUGUUGGUCUCUGAGGAAGGAGGGACUUCCUGUCAACAACAUCUUCCAGCACCGAUCACCAGUUGUCGGAGAGAAGCAGCCGACCAUCCUAAAGUGGAGGAUCCUCACGACCACCAGCGACCUGGAGCGAGUUUCGGCCGUCGCUCUGCCCAAGCUACCCAUCUCCAUCUCCAACACGGACCUGAAGGUGGCGUCGGACACCAAGUUCUGCCCCGGACUCGGUCUGGCUCUGGCCUUCCAUGACGGCAGCAUUCAGAUCCUCCACCGCCUGUCCCUGCAGACGAUGGGGGUUUUCUACGGCUCCUCGUCCUCCUCCGGCCAGAGACCCGGAGACGAGUCCGCCAUGAAACGCCAACGAACCGGAGGCCCCGCCCUCCACUUCAAGGCCCUGCAGUUCUCGUGGACUUCCCUGGCGCUGGCCGGAGUCGACAACCACGGGAAGCUCCACAUGAUGCGAGUGUCGCCCUCGAUGGGUCAGGUGCUGGAGAUGAACACCACGCUGCGCCACCUGCUGUUCCUGUUGGAGUACUGCAUGGUGACUGGGUACGACUGGUGGGACGUCCUGCUGCACGUGCAGCCCAGCAUGGUGCACAACCUGGUGGAGAAGCUGCACGAGGAGUACAUGCGGCAGAACCAGGCACUGCAGCAGGUUCUGGCUACGCGUAUCGUGGCAGUGAAGGCGAUGCGUCUCUGUAAACUUUCCACGGCAAGAGCGGCUCGAGCCUGCGACUUCCACGCCAAACUUCUGCUGAUCCCGCCCUGGUGCCCCCUGACAACUUGUAAAUAUAGAUAUUUCUAGAAUUAAAAGACGUCGAACACACGGGCGAGGAUGUCCACUGAUUGAUCGCUGUGUGUCUCCUCAGAUAUCGAUAAGGUGAUGAUCAAUCUGAAGACGGAGGAGUUUGUGUUGGACGGCCCCCCCCUUCAGUCCCUGCAGCAACUCAUCCAGUGGGUGGGAGACUUUGUCCUCUACCUGCUGGCCAACCUGCCCAACCAAGGCUCCAUGGUCCGGCCCGGGUUCGGCUUCAUGAGGGACGGGGCGUCCCUGGCGAUGCUGAGGGAGAUGCUGGUGAUGAUCCGGAUUUGGGGUCUGCUGAAGCCGGGAUGUCUGCCCACCUUCACGGCCACGUCGGACAACCAGGACAGCAUGCAGCUGCUCUUCAGGCUGCUCACCAAGCUGUGGCUCUGCUCCCGGGAGGACGGACCCCCCCAGGACCCCGACGAGUGUCUGAUAGACGAGUGCUGCCUGCUGCCCAGUCAGCUGCUGGUUCCCACUAUGGACUGGCUCCCAGUCAACGACGGCGUCAUCGUCAAGCUGCAGGGAAAACACCCUCUCAGGCUGCAGUUUGGAAAGGCCUCGUCUCUGCCCGGAGCCGGUUCCACCGCUCCGUUGGAGGUCUUCACCAGGAGUCCCAGUUCUCAGAAGAUGGACAACCUGCGUUGUGUCCAUAUGGGCGUCUGUCCCACUGAGGAGAGCAAGGCCUGCACCAGGUGCGGCUGCGUGACGAUGCUUCGUUCUCCAAAUAAGACCAACGCUAUGAAGCAGUGGGAACAACGUUGGAUCAAAAACUGUCUGUGUGGAGGUCUGUGGAGGAGGAUCCCUGCAACGCUCUCCUGAACCUGAACACCUGAACGCAUCACCUAUUGUGUUCCUCUGAAACUGUGCCUGUAAAUAAAAGUUUGUUCUGUAUGACUUUGUAAUAAAACUGUAAAAAUCAAAA